GUAACUUGGAGAAAAAGAGAGAAAGAUACAAACCCUGGAGUUUACAAACAGUUUUCACUCUGCAAUGAAAGGUUUAGAGAAGAUGUUUUUUGUGUAACAUAUGCAUAACUGUAACUGCUGUGGAUCUAGCUGAUUAGUAACCAUCUUGGAUAGAAAGAAGGAGAGAUAAAAACAAGAAGGUAAAUAGUUGAAGAAAAGUGCUAAUCUGUUCAGACUUGUUUGGGAAUUUGAGGAGGGAGGGAGGGGGAGGAGGAAAGAUAAAGUGAGAGACUGAAAGAAGGAGAGAAUUUUGGUAGAAACAGUCCUUUUCUGAAGGCAGAAAGAAUAUUUGAAAGAUUUUGAAAGAUCUCAUAACACAUUAGUGUAAUUUUGGGUGGGCUCAAUACUUUAAUUUUAUGAACAGAGAAAUGCGGAAUGUUUCUGUAUUGUGCAACUUCUGAGAGAACUCCUGCACUGAGCUCAGAGACUAGGGGAACAUUUUCCCCACUUAAAAAACUCAGGUUCUGAAAAGCAUGUUGUCAUGGGAACUAAGAGACCCAAUUGGACAUCCAGUACUCUACAAGUGUCCGAUCAGAAUGCAUCUGAGAGCAGCCGUCAACGAAGGGAAUACACUGGACGUGAUACAAGCCCUAGGACUGGGACAAAAGCAUUGGGAGAGAGGGAAAGGGAGUCGAACAGAGAAGAGGAAUGGAGGAGGGAGAAAGAAAUGGAGAGAAUGAGAGCGAGAAAGUGGGAUGGAGAAAGGGAGAUGGCGCAGGGCUUCUCUGAGAGGGAGAGAGAUAGGUACAGGGACAGGGACAGAGACAGAGACAGAGAUAGAGGCAGAGGGAAGGCAGCAACAGCACCCAGUGGGAGAGAGGGAGAGAGGGAAAGGAGACCCAGGGAAGUUAGGCGAGAAGGAAUGAAUGGGAAAGGCAUAGUGGCGGAAGGGAAGCAGGAUGGGAGGGAAAGAGAAGGAGAAAGAGUGAUGGGUGGUACCUUUCCUAGAACGAGGAAGACUAGCAGGGAGAGGGGUGAGAGAAUGGGUAGAGUUGUUGAGAAUGAAACAGAGAGACAAAUGAUGAAAUGGUUCGAGAGGCAAAAGGCCCUGGAGAUGGAAGAUUAUGAAAGAGAAAAAAGAAGAAAUCGAGACCUACAAAGAGAUGGAGAGAGAGACCUGAAACAGAGUGCAGAGAGGUACAGAGAGAUUGAGAAAGACCGAUUGAGGGAACGGAAGCGCAACGGAGGGGAACAGAGAGAGAAAGACGGGGACAGAUGGAGGGAGAAUGAAUUUGAUCCUAGAUUUAGAGAAAGGAGGAGAGAAGAGUGGGAUGCAAAAGAGCUACGAAGCCAGAAAAACAGGGGGAUGGACUGCGAGAGAGAGAAAUUAAAACCUCGGCAGCGUGAGAAAGAGGUGGAAUUUAAUUUACCCCAGAGAAGCAGAAUUGCUGAGAAAGAACGAGACAACCUUUCAGAUAGAGGAGGAAAGGAAAAAGAGUGGCUGAAAGUUGGAUGGAGGGACACAAAAAGUGAUGGCGACAGUGAUGGAGAGAGGGGAAAAGGGAGUGGGAGAGAGUCAGAGAAAAGUAUGUUGAGCCACAAACAUAGUAAAAGUGAAGGAGACAGUGGAGGGGAACGGAAGAGGGGUAAACGGAAGGAGAAAGAUGAUUACAGAGAGGCUGAAAGAUAUAGAGAGAGGGAGAGAGAGUUCCAGGUUGGAAAAUAUAGAGAAAUGGAUAGACAGGGGGAGAGGGAGAAAGAGAGAGAGUUAGUGAAAUAUAGAGAAAAGGAGAGGCAGAGAGAGAGGGAAGGUGAAAGAGAGCUUGUGAAACCCAGGGACGGGGUAAGACAGAGGGAGUGGGAAAGAGACGCAGAGAGAGGAAGAGAUAGAGGGACUGAAAGAGAGCGAGAGAUGGACAGGUACAGAGAUAGAGAUUGGGAAAGAAAAGAAGACAAAGGGAGGCAAGGCCGGACAAGGGGAGAGACCAGUAAAAACAGUGAGACGCAGACUCCUAAUACAACAGGGAGAGCAGCAGAAGAAGAGAAGGUUAGAGAGAGGGAGUGGUACCCAGACAGAAAGACAGAGGAGAAAUGCCUCAGAUUCAAGGAAAAACAGAGGAUGAGAGAGGUGGAAGAUACCGGAGAGCGGGAGAGUAUUAGAGGCAGUGAGCUACUGAAGGAGAAGCUGAUGAAAGUGCACUGUGGCGAAGAGUUAAAGUCUGAUGGUGAUGUAGAGAGGCGGGGGGAGGCCGAUUCAAAGGCGGAAAGAAUUAGGGAAAAAGAAGUAGAGAGGGAGGGAAAGCUACAGGGAGGCCAGGAGUCAGUCAGGGAGCAGGAGGUACCGGACCAUAGACACACACCUAGAAAAUACUGGUUGGAACCACGGAAGGCAACAGGAAAUACAGAGGUGGACAAGCAUGCAGAAGUGGAGAAAGCUGUAGAUGGACACAGUGGAAGGUUGGACAGAGGAGAAGGCAAAAGCCUACAGCACAUGGAAGAGGAAGAGGGUGUGAGAGUUGACAGUGACAAAGAGGAGGGCAGUGAGAGAGACAAGCAGACAAGGGCACAGUUUUAUGAGCACGGAGAGGCAGAGUCAUUGAGUGAUGGUGAGAGCGAGCAGGCCAGGCAAAGUGACGGAUGUACGGAGAGAGAAACUGUAACAGACAGCACUGAGGAUAGAGACAUGGACAGAGGGUGCAGCAGUGACCUACACAGUGAUGGAGAAAGUCAAAGAGAGUUGGAUGAAGAAAGGGAAAGAGUGCUGUCAUGGGAGGACGGGUUCAUAACUGUCUCUAGUGGUGGGGAGGAAGAAGAAGAGAAUGAAGAAGAUGAGUUUGAAGAUUGCAAAGAAUUCUGGGAAGGUGAGAAGGAGGAAAUCAAUGAUCAGGAAGAGAGUUUGGACGAGGACAGACAAAAGGACAGCCUGAAUACAGAGACGGGGAGAGAGACUCCUGUAGAUACCAAAGAAGAGGAGAAUGAGGAUGAAAUUCCUUCCAAAGUGACAGUGUUCUGUGUCAUUGGACAGACACUCCCUAGAACACGUGGUCAUGGGGAAAUCCAAGAUAAAACUGGAGAGAUCAGUCAAAAUGUGGGACAUGACAUUGGUGAAGGCCCUGGGGUCACUAACGCUGGUCCUCUUGAUGGAGAAACUGGAGACACCAAAUGGGAGAAAGAAGACCAGGAUGUUGAGAGUGAGCAGCCAGACAAAGAGAAGGAAACAGCAGAAGGGAGUGAAGAGAAGGAGGAUGAGAUUUGUACCCUCAAGGAGGAGAGGAGUGAGGAGAACCCUGGAAUUCAGGUCGGUGAGAUUCCAGCGGAGCGUAAUGCACCUGAGGAACAUUUGAGGGAGGAGGUGGCUGAUGCGUGUCCCAGAAACGGUGGGAAAGAAGAUGGUGGAAACAUGAUGACUGCAGAGAGUGAAACAGAGACUGAAAAUUGUCAAGAGAAACAAGACGCAAAGGAGACCAAACCACAUUCACAAAUGAAAACUGCAUGUAGUGAGGAAAGAGAACUUGGAAGAAAAGGGACUGAAUCAUACUCCGCGACCAAAGAAGGUGACAAAAUAGUUAGUGAACCUAUUAUCCAAACUCCCAGUGAUUUGAGAACGGCAGAAGAACGACGCAAGGAAGACUCUGCCCCAUACAUAAAGUGGGCAAAGAAUGUGGUGAGGGAAAUCCUUGGUUCAUCUGAGGACAACACUUUGGAAGGGAUGGAAUCACCGCAAAAUAGAGGCAUAAGUCCUGGGUUGCCACAGACCAACCAAGAGACAGACGGUGAAAAAGGGUCACCAAUAUAUGCAACGGUAAAUAAAAAAACUGAUGCUGAGGUGUUCACAAACUCACCAACAGAGAAUGAGGGAGAUAUGCCGGUGUAUGCACAGAUCCAAAAGAAAAGAGACAGACACACUGACUCACUGGCAGGCAGUGAAACAGGGAUGCAUAUGCAGAUGGACAGACAAAGGGACACAGAGUCCUAUACAAACACACACAUACAAAUACAGAUGGGGUCAGAGCCAGCUGGGCAGACUGGAACAGGGGACGGAGGCAAGGCAGACACAGAAGAAGACCCAUACUAUUAUGUCUCCUCCCCAAAAGUUCCCCUCUCAAAGUCCAACAGUUGUCCCAGCCCUGACAAAAGCCCAAAUGUAAGUAUUAUUGAGAAAGAGCUUUCCAAUGUAGGAAAUGAGGAGUGCAAGAAGAAAGGGGUGACUGGACUGAUGGUAAGCACCAGCAGUUUUCGAGAUCAGGGAAAUAAGGCUCGGGAAAGGAGGAAAGGUUUUCGAAAGACCACUAAAAGAGGUAAAGAUGAAGAGGCAGAAGAAGAGACGGAAGAAGGGGAAGGAAGAGAUCGCAGGACGAGAGUCUUUGACGUGUCCAGCGAGGGCGAGGACUAUGAUAAGCUGAGCCAAAGCUGUAGCGAGGUGGAGCUGAGGAAUAUGACAGACACAAUUGGAAAGAUGAAAAAGAGAAACUCCAAAUUCUUCAACUCUCAGCUCUAUCAGCAGUACAGCGAAGUGGCCCAGAAUCGGGAAAUAAUGCGUCAGUGUCGCAAUGACACCCUUUCUGUAUGCGAAGAGCUUCCUCCCCAUUCGUCUGGGUCCCCUGUGCCCUCACCACCCCCUGCCCGUCGCCCCUUACCCCCCCUUCCACCUGUCCCCCACCCCCACUCCCUUGCCCAUUCCAGUUCUUUCUCCAAUACCAGCGCUCUAUCCCUCCCACUCCCACUCCUUCCACGCCCCCCGUCUCCCAAUCUCCCUCGGCCACUUUCUAAGUCCCCCACUCUUUGGCAAGAUCUACCUGGUGUGAGGACCAGCCAGGAAUUCAGCGAAUUAAGUGACGAUGAGAGACGUCUACAAGAGGUGAGGUUUGAGGUGGUGACCUCAGAGGCAUCUUACUGUCGAAGUUUAGAAAUUGUGGUUGAGCAUUUUGUCAAGUCCAAAGAGUUGGGGUCACUGGUGACAACACAGGAUAGGAACUGGCUCUUCUCUAGAUUAGGAGACGUCAGAGCCAUUAGCCACAGCUUUCUGGGAAAACUCGAGGAGCGGGUGGAGAAAGACAUCCUGCACUUCUCUGUCUGUGACAUCAUCGUUCAACACUGCCCGCGAUUUCGAUUGGUCUAUGUGCCCUACCUCACCAAUCAAUCAUACCAGGACGCGACAUACCAAAAACUCAUGGAGGAGUGCCAAGGUUUCCGCCGUGUUGUGGAGAAGCUGGAGCGCAACCCCAUUUGCCAGCGACUCCCUCUCCGUUCUUUCCUCAUCCUCCCCUUCCAAAGGAUCACACGACUCAAGCUUCUCGUGCAGAAUAUUGUGAAGAGAAUAACUCCAGACACAGAGGAAGAAGCACAGGCCAUAAAAGCUCUCAUGUUACUAGAGAAGCUGAUCCAGGAGGGCAAUGACAGCAUCACUCAGAUGAAGAGCAUUGAGUCUCUGGUCUGUCUAAGUGCCAAAGUUGACUUUGAAUGCAAGACUCUUCCCCUCGUCAGCCAGUCGCGUAGGCUGGUGCGGGAAGGAGCUGUGACAGAACUGCGGGACAAAAAAAAGUCAGAGAGGACGCUCUACCUGCACCUCUUCAAUGACUACCUGCUGCUCUCUCUCCGAAAAGAAGGUGGCAGGUUCAUGGUGAUCAACCACGCUCCCGUGUCAGAGCUUCGGGUAGAGAUCUGCCGAGUCAAAAUUCACUCCCAGCAGGAAAACGUCUUUUGUCUCCACGUCUCGCAUAAGCCAAUGCUCUUGCGGACAGACGAACAGAGUGACAAACUGCGCUGGAUGUCAGCCCUGUCACACCCACAUCCACAGAUAGAUUUCACUGCAGCUCAAGACUUUACUCAGGUCCAGUGCAUCAGACCCUUUACUGCCCUGCAACCAGAUGAGCUAAACCUGGAGAAAGCAGAUGUCCUAUUGGUUCAUCAGCAGAGCACUGAUGGCUGGAUUGAGGGAACGAGAUUGUCAGACCGACAGAGGGGCUGGGCUCCAGAGUCUCACCUGGAGACCAUCACCAGUGCAAGAGCUAGACAGCGCAACCUACUGGACACUCAUAAGAUUACAACAAUCACUGCAACCUACUGAGGGGAAAAGUAUAUUAUGCACAUCAGAGGAACGGAACGGAGGAGUACCUGGCUCUCGUUAGAUCUGAGGUCUUCAUUUAUCUGAUUCACCCAAUGAUUUGAUAAAAUGCAUAUCCUGCUUGUCUGAUUUCACCCGAACCUUUGUUCAAAUAGUUGAACUGUUUAAAUAGUGUUAAUGUAAACAUAAAAGCUUCUGGAUGGUGGCCAUCCAAGACCAGGGCUAUUCAUUCCCGCAGUACGGCCUGUCCUUUGGCCUGGACGCUGAAUGACAAACCGAAAUUGAGAGAGUAUUAUUCUUCUUAUUGGGGACUGUCCUCUGACAGGAGUUGUAUAUAACAUUACUAUUUUAGCACAGAGUAGCAAUAAUAAUUCAAUGCCAUUUCAGAGUAAAGCCAGAGAAUCCUGCCACUGCUUGUUUUUUUUAAUGCAUGAUAAAAUUAAUAUAACUGCAUUACCAUAUUUACAAACAAUAUCAGUAUGAGCAGUGAGCUACCAUAUGGUAAUGGUAAAGUGUAGUGUAUAUAUUAUCUUUAAAGCUACUUAUCAGUAUAUGUCAGUAUAUUGUAAAAGGCUGUGAAAAAGCAAUACAUCUCAUGUACAUAUGUAUGUCCAGAAGUAUAGAAGAUGAGAGAGAAUAUAUGCAGUUAUAUUCUGGACUUCCAAAUGAUCAACUUUCUGUUUCUGUUUAUAUUGUCAAAAGAAUUGUUUAGAAAAAUAAAAAUAUGGGUGAGUGCAAACAUAUCUGAGACACAUGGUACAAUUUUGAAUAGGAUUGGAUUUAUAAAUCUUUCAAAGGUAUUCUAUGAUUUUCAUCACAAGACAUGUAUGUCAUGCAUACAGUACAUUUGCUUGUAAACUAGGAACAAUUCGACAAUAAAAUUGUAAUAGAA